AUGUCUUCAGAAGAAGAAAAGGAGGUAAAGGAAAAGAAAGAAGAAAAGAAAAAGAAAGAAAUAGGGGAGGUUCACAAAGCAGUUGACGAUGUGAUAAUCAAGCCAGGUGAUUACCGAAUCCAAGUCCAGCUUCUUGAAGCUAAAGAGAUCAUUCCACAUAAAAGUAUUGGGAUGUCAAUAUUUUCAAACAAUGAAGGUUCAUGUGAUCCAAUUGUAGAUGUUAAAGUGGCUGGGCAGAGUAAGAAAUCAGAGCAUCAGAACAACACUCUAAGCCCAAUAUUCAAUGAGACUUUGUAUUUUGAAUUGAAUAAAAUGUCAGAGACUGAGCUCGAGCAAGCAGUUAUUGAUCUUUCUCUUUAUGAUUACAAUGCGUUAUCUACGAAUUCUUUUAUUGGAAAAUUUACUAUAGAUGCUGCUUAUAUCUACCAGAUGAAUCCCGAUCAUGAGCUGUACAGGAAAUGGGUCAUUCUUACAGAUACAACUGAUGCAACAGAAGGAGUCAAGGGAUAUCUAAGAGUAACUAUCAAUGUCCUUGGCCCUGGAGAUAGACCUCCUGUCCAUAACGAAAUGAAAGAUUUGAAGAGUAAAGGAGAUGACGGUGAAAAUAAUAUCUUCUCUCCUGGCCAUGUCGAGAAAAGAGGAAUGCUGAUGAAGAUGAACUUGUAUAAAGCAGAGCAUCUUCCUCCUACAGAUCUGUACAAUAACAAGACUGAUUCCUAUGUGAAGGUUUCCUUUGCAGGAGUUGGAAUCAGAUCUAAAGAAGUGCCUGAUGAGAGAAAUCCUGUUUAUAACCAGCAACUGCAGAUUCCAGUUGUUUUACCGUGUAUGAACAGCAAGAUCAGGUGUGAAGUAUGGGAUGCAGAUUGGGGUCGAGAUGAACGAACAGGAACUUUCAUAGCCACUUUUCCUACUAACGACAAAGAUAGAAAGCCAACAGAGUCCAUGUGGGUCAAUAUGUAUGGUCCUCCAUUUGGAGUUAUGGGAGAUAAAGCUGAUUAUAUGACAAAGUAUUCAAAUGCAGGAACUCAUUAUACAGGAAGAGUUUUGUAUAGUCUUGAAUAUGAGGCUCGGAAAGAUCCGAAGAAAAGUGUGGAGGAUAUUGAAUUCGAGAUUCCUGAUAACCCACCUCCGAAUCCUCCAGAGAGAGUGUAUAUUUUGCGUGUUGAUUUAUUUAAUGGAUUUGAACUUCCUGAAUCUAUCAGGAAAGCAUCAAUUCAUAUCACUUGUGGUCCAUAUAAAGCAUCGUCUCCUGUAGUGAAGGUUAAAGAGUGUUGAGCAACUUGGAAUCAUGUCUUUGCGGAUAUGAAAAUCACAGCCCCUGUGGAAAUUUCUCAAAUCUACGAUGUAAUUAUAUAUCUUUCCACUUCUAAGAAAGAGAAAGAUAGAAUCUGCUUUCUUCGUAUUCCAGCUAAAGAUGCCUUGUACUCACUAAAUCCAAAUCUAGGAAUUCAGAAGUUUACUCUGGUUGAGGAUAUUAGCAAAGAUGCUAUCGGAGAUGAAGAAUUUCCUGGAAUUUUAAACAUGAGACUGACACUCUUUGAUAAAAAUCCUAUGCGAAGGCCUAAAAAUGUUUUUCCUCCAGAGGAGAGAAUGCAUGAGUACUAUCAAGAUUAUAUACUUAGAGUGUACCUUUAUAUGGGAAGAGACCUUCCAGCAGCUGAUGACACUGGGUUAGCAGAUCCGUUUAUUAUCCUAAGGUGCGCUGGGGCUAAGAAACAGAGCACUACUAAAAAGGAAACUUUGAAUCCUGGAUGGUUUGAAACAGUAGAGAUGAAAAUAAAUAUUCCAAAAGUUGGAAAUUCUAUAUUCCCUGAACCAUCAGUGAGUCUUCUCUGUUAUGAUGAAGACUCUUUUGGUAGAAAAGAUCUGUUAGGUCGAGCUCUGAUGGAAAUGAAAGGAGAACAGAAAGUUAUAGAAGAGAAGAACAGAGAAGUCGAAUAUUCUUUGUUCUUAGAGCCCACUUGGCAUGAGCUAUAUUUUGAUGCUUUGAAGGAACAAAAAGGAUACCUUUUAGCAGGAUUUGGUUUGUUAGAGCCAGAAGUAGCAGAAAGUUAUCCACCAAUAAGUAUUUUACCUCCAAGUAUUCCCUGUACUUUGAGGGUGGUCUGUAUUGGUAUCAGAGAUUUGAUUGAUUCAAUCAAUAUUGUUCCAUUAAAGAGAUUAAGCUUGAAGUUUGAUGUAUCUGGAGAUACUCAUGAAGCUAUGGAAAGUAAUAAGCAUCCAGUGAGAUACAAUUCAUGAAACAUUGGAGAGAUCUUAGAUGUUCCUAUCGAUAUCCCACUAAAUCCUCUCUAUUCCCCAGUUCUAUCUGUCUAUGUGUAUGACCAUAUUCUCGGCCUUAUUGGUACAAGAUUGAUAGGAAUCAGCCAUAUUCCUUUAUCUUCAAUAGUAAGAAAGACACUUAGAGGAUUUCUUGAAAGAAAGAAUAAACUUGGGUACAAAGAAAGAGACUCUCUUGAAAGAUCUAUCCAGUUUGCUGAGCUCUCUCAAAGAGCAAGGACAGUGACAAACAACGAGUUUCAUGGAGUAAUGAUGGAUGAAGCUGCGCUCAACAAGUCCUUGAAAAAGCUCCAAAUAAUGAUUGAUAGAGGCCAAGUUGACCUAAACUCCUUAGUUAGUGGAAUUACUGAAGAAAAUGCGAUAGAAGAUGUCCUCAAGGACAUGGAACGAAGAGAUAAAGAAGCUAACGGCAGUAUUAGUGGUCGGGAAAUAGUCUAUGAGUUCACAGACGAAGAUUACGAAGACAUUGAAAGUUACCUGAAAGAAGACCUGUCAAUGAAAGAGAGCGAAGAAGAGGAAUCUAGUAGUGAGGAAGUCUCUCUACACUCAAAAAGCUCUAAGCAAAGUGAAAGAGAAAGCACAAUUAAAUCAGAUGACAUUGUUCUUGAGAAUGAAGAAAGUGAGUCAGAAGAGAGCAAUGAAGAGGAAGAGUCAAGAGGGAGUAGAGGAUAUUCCAGGAUCAGAGAAAAAUCUCCUAAAAAAAACAAGAAAUCAAAGAAGAAAAAGAAAGAUUAUGAAAAACUAGAUGACUCAGAUUCGAGAUAUACCACCGAGACUCAGCCUAAAUUGACUAAUGACAAGAGUGGAGCUAACAAUCUUAUCAGCAAAAAGGGAAGAGAAAAAGGUAUCCAAAGCAAGCAAACCAUCGAAAGAGCCCUUUCUGGUUAUUCACAUAGGAAAGACAAAGUCAAGAAGGUUGCAAUCCAGAAAAUGCUGCAUAACAAAUUCAGACAGAAAGCAAAGGAAGAUGCAAUUGCUGCAGAAGAGAGGAAGAAGAAAGAGAAGGAAAAAUAUGAAGAAAUUUACAAGAAUGAUGAGAAAAAGAAGAAGAUGAAAACAAAACGGAACAAAAAGAUUAGCACUCCUGCUGAGGAUACUGAUCCUGAAGAAGACCUUAGUCUACUCCCUGAUUAUCUGGUAGACAGAGACAUAUAUGAAGAUGAGCUUGAGGAAGCCAUUAUCAAGAAAAAGCCUUUCAAUCGCUCCAAUAUUUUAUCAGGCCAAACCAGAGGUCAAAAGGGAUGGUUCUUCAAGAAGGUAGUCAACACUCAAAGUGUUUCAGGAGUUUUGAAAGGAAUUCCUGUCAUCCAGAUGCCUGAUGAUGAUCCACAAGAACUCUACAAUAAAUAUAAGAGAUUCUUAGUGCCGACAAAUCUGGUUUGUAGGGUUUACAUACUCAAGGGUAAAUCUCUGACCCCCAAGGAUUCAAGGAACAGUGAUCCAUAUAUUAUUAUAAAGUGUGGAUCUAAGGUGAUAAAUGACGAGAAGAAUGUAAUUGACGAUACCAACAAUCCUGGGUUCUACAAACAUUUCGAUAUCAGCGUUUCAAUCCCAGGAGCAUCGACCUUAAAGAUCCAAGUUUGGGAUGACGACGGCAUCGUCGGAGACGAUCUGAUAGGAGAAACUAAGAUCGACCUUGAAGAAAGAUGGUUCUCUAAAGAAUGGAGAAUAAUUAAUGAUGCAGCCAACGUCCUUGAUGAAAGAGAGUUUGAAGAAGAAAGUAAAGAAGAAGUUAAAAGCCAAGAAGCCAAUCAAAACAAAGAAUCACUUGAAGAGGAAAAGAAGGAAACACUCGAAGAAGAGAAGAAGGAAAAAGAUGAUGAAGAAGAAAAGGAGGAAAAAGAUCAAGAGAAAAAGAAGGAGGAAGUUAAAGAAGUUAAGAAGAAGAAUAGUAAAGAAGAGAAGAAAAGCCAGGCCAAGAAGAAAGGGAGUAAAGAACAAAUUUCAAAAGUAAAGCCUAAGAGAAUUAUAAAGAAAAUCCCUAUUGAGGAGAGAACCUUGACUAGUAUCACUUCAGCAGCUCCGCAAGGAAUUCUUGAAUGCUGGAUUGAACUGAUGAGUGCUAAGGAGGCAAAGCAGCGUACUCCUACUAAUGUUUGACCAUUCCCUAAAAAGCCAAUGGAGAUUAGAGUGAUCGUUUGGGGAACCAAGGAUGUCAAAUUCUUGGACACUGCUGAGAAAUGAAAUGAUUUGUAUGUUAAAGGCAUAUUUGGUAAAAAGGAGCUAGAAACUGACACACAUUGGAGAUGUAGAGGAAAUGGAUCAUUUAAUUGGAGAUGGAAGUACAAAACAAAAUUCCCAUUCGAUUAUGAUGAAGAAUAUGGUCGAAACGUACUAACCUUCUCACUCUGGGAUAGAGAUGUUACCAAGUCUAAUGAGAUGAUCUGUGAAUGCAGACUUGAUCUUAAUGAUUACAACACUUUAAUUAAGUCUUACAAGAGGGGGAAGUCAGUAAAGAUGCUUAAAAAUCUUCCCAAUAAGAAAAAGAAGUCCGACAGGAUGUGGCUGUUGCUGACGCAUCCAGAUCGGAGGGACGAUAUGACAGGGGAAUAUGAGCCACAAGGAUAUCUAGAAGUCUCAGUAGAAAUUAUGCCUCAAGAAGAAGCUGAUGAUAAGCAGAACGGAUUUGGAAGGGAAUCUCCUAACAUGUUUCCUCACCUCCCAAAGCCUACUGGAAGGUUCCAAUUUGAUCUUUUCAGCCCAUGGAAGAUGCUGAAAGAGCUGCUAGGCCCAGCUCUUGCUAGAAAAGUCGCGGCUGUCUGUUGCUGCAUCAUCUGAUGCUUGGUGCUAUUUUUAUUCUUUUACUUCUUUGGCUGGCAACUGGUGACCUCAAUUAUUUUCUAAAGAAAUUUGGAAUUCAAUAAA